AGGUUAUUUUGAAGGUAACGUCAUCAGCCGGGCAUUGUGGCGCAUGCCUGUAAUCCAGCUGCUUGGAGGCUAGAGAUGUUGAAUGGCUUGAGGUGUGGAUUCCUGAUGGCGGUCGUGCUAUGUCGAUCGGGUGUCCGCGCUAAGUCGGGCGUCAAUAUGGUGCCUUGAGAGGAGUCCCGAGUCACCAGGUUGGUUAAAGAGGAGCGUACCGGCCCAGGGUGGAAACACAGCAGGCAAAAGCUCCCGCGUUCGACAGUAGUGGGAUAGCAUCUGUGAAUAGGCGGCCGUCAACAGCCAUGCCAAGAUAGUUGAACUCAUCUCUAUUUUUUCCCUUUUUUUUCAAGUUACAAUAUCCACCGACGUGGAAGGGUUUAUAAAUAGACUACGAUGGCCUAGAUCCUUUUUUGACUAUCUUUAACUACUAUUUUCUAUUUAUCCUAUGCCCAAAAUACUUUUAAUGGCUUUCCUUUAGGCUUUUGCAUAGACUGAGAUUACAUUUCUAGACCAACGGUUUUUCUCUGUACGUACCGACCUAGAAAAAAAACAACUUCCGAUGUAAUCUACUUGGUUACUCUGGGCUUCCUGUGGUCUGAGGACUAACCUUGCGCCGCGUUACUUAUCAGCGGACUUCUAUAAAAACAUAGUUCUCGUUUUUCAUUGCGCCAUCAAAACAACAUAAAAAUGUGAAAAUUCGACCGUUUGCGUUCGAUCACGAAUUAACCAGUACGCUACCAGUGUCUUCAGGCCGCCUGCAGUGUUUUAUAGAGAUAAUAAAUGGAGGGUGGCUAUUCCAAUGAAAGUGCUUGCAGUGUAAAGGAUAAACCUUCAGAAUCCUUUGACGGAAAGCCAACUUCUGAAGAACAAAAACCCCAAGAAAUAUUUACUAGCAGUGCAAGUAGAAACGGUGGUUUUACUGUAGAUGAGAAACGGAGAGGCAGACGCCGUAAACCGAGAACCAGGGUAAGACCAAACAGAGACACAGCUGAAGGUGCUGUUGCUACAGAAAAGACGCAGAAGAAGAAUGAUGAAAUGAUUGGCUGGCUAAAUGAAAAACUUUCAACAACUGGUAGCAAUGGCAAAUUAGGGUCAGAAAGUGGGGUGGGUGAGCUAGCUGCUGCUGUGUCUGACAGACAAAAAGGCAGAGGCCGAGCAAGAGAACAUAGAGGGAAGCCAUUUGGGCCUAGAGACUCCAGUGGGGAAUGGAAAGGCAGAAAUACAAAUGAAAAUAAUUACCAUGGAAAUACUAGAGCUAAGUCUGGGCGUGGAAGGAAUCAAAGGCCAGAUUUAAAGUAUGAUGAUAAACCUCCAUUGGACCCCAAACAUGUUGGAGAUUCCAAUGGUUUAGAAUUUGAUCAGAUGGGAAAAAGCUUAACUGAAUUGCCAAGCUGGAGAAGAAGAAACGAAGGAAGGCAGAAUAUGGAUUACGAAAAUAGCAUGUCUGAUGCAACAGCACAUGAGCAAAAAGGGUAUCCUAAUGGCCAUUACAAUGGUUCAAGAAAUUUUAAGCUAACUAAAUACCCAGAUUAUCAUUAUGGAUCUGAAGACAGCUGGAGAUCCCCUCACAAGCAAAAUGCAUAUUUUCGAAAAUCCCCAUUCAAGAGUAGAAAGGAAAAAUCAAGUACAGAUUUCUCAUCAUUCGUUGAUCCAAAUCAUUCUGCUCAAGGGGUUGCAUUAACAGAACAAUUAAUGAGUGAGACAUAUGAGUGCAUGGUCUGCUGUGAGAAGGUGUGGUGCAGCAGUGCCAUCUGGAGUUGUACCAACUGCUUCCAUGUCUUUCACCUUAAGUGCGCUAGGAAGUGGGCAACAUCUGCUACCUCAGAAGUUAAAGGAGGAGAUGGAGGCUGGAGGUGCCCUGCUUGCCAAAAUGUCUCUAACUCUGUUCCUAAUGUCUAUUGGUGUUUCUGUGGGAAACUCAAAGAACCAAGAUGGAAUCCAAGAGAGGGUAUUGUCCCACAUAGCUGUGGAGAACUUUGCCAAAAGAGCAGGGAUAUAAACAACUGCCCUCAUAAAUGCAACUUACUAUGCCACCCUGGUCCUUGCCCUACUUGUCCUGUUAUGGUGGCUAAAUCCUGUGAGUGUGGAAAAACAAGUCAGCAAGUUCGAUGUGGUCAGACUGGGGUGAUUCUGUGUACAGAUGUCUGUGAAAAACUUUUGAACUGUGGGAACCACAACUGUCAGCGUACCUGCCAUUCUGGGCCUUGUGAUCCCUGUGAUGUUGAAGUUCAGCAGGACUGCUACUGUAGCAAGACUACUAGAAAAGUUCUGUGUGGUACAGGAGAGUAUGACAUCGUUGAUGACCAUGUUGGGUACUUCAGCUGUGAGGAUAGAUGUGAAAGAGUCCUGGACUGCUCCAACCACCACUGUGAAAAAGUCUGCCACAAGGGAAGCUGCAAGUCUUGUGAGCUCAAGCCAGAGGCUGUAUCCCACUGUCCUUGUGGGAAAACAGCACUUACUGAAAUCUUAGGAGAGAACAAUAUGAGACAGCAAUGCCUCGAUCCCAUCCCAACUUGUGGCCUUGUGUGUGGGAGACUGUUACCAUGUGCUCUCGGCCAAGAAGGGUCCAGCGCACAAGAAACAUCACACACUUGCAAGCUGACUUGUCAUCACGGUCCAUGUGGUCCUUGUGAUGGUGAUACAUCCCUAAGAUGCAGAUGUGGUGCAACUGUUAAGAAAGUCAGGUGCAUUGAAGUGACAUCAGAAGAUUUUCUAUGUGAUCAACGGUGCAACAAGAAACGGCAGUGUGGUAGACAUCGCUGUAACCAGAAAUGCUGUGUGGAUACAGAGCACAGAUGUGAGCUGGUCUGCGGGAAAAAGCUUCGCUGUGGGACACACACUUGUUUAGAGUUGUGUCACAGAGGAUACUGCCCCCCCUGUUAUAUGACCGGUUAUGAUGAAGUUACAUGCCAUUGUGGGGCCACGAUUCUUUACCCACCCAUCCCUUGUGGGACACCUCCACCCAACUGCCCCUACCCCUGCUCACGGCAGCACUCCUGUUCACACCCAGUGAACCACUCAUGCCAUAGUGAAGAAGUAUGCCCGCCCUGCACAGCACUUACCCAGAAAAUGUGUGCAGGGGGACAUGAGCUUCGGCAUAGCAUUCCAUGUCAUGUGACAGAUGUGUCUUGUGGUCGGCGAUGUGACCGUCCCUUGCUGUGUGGGCAUACAUGUUCCAGGACCUGCCAUAAGCCCCCUUGCCUUGGGGAACAGGAGCCAUGCACACAGCCCUGUGCCAACCCUCGGGAGGAGUGCGAUCACCCAUGCGGGGCCCCCUGUCACCCCGGUCAGCCCUGCCCAUCCGUCCCAUGCAAAGUAAAGAUCACUGUCAGCUGUAAAUGUGGUAGACGCUCUGAUGUGGUUCAGUGUUUGCGAGGAGGUGAUAAGUCUGCACCUGCGUACCAACGGUUUACAACAGAAUCACUGGCUGACAAGAUGAAGAACAUUCAACUGGGACAAACGGUUGACAUUAGUGGGAUUCUUCUGAAUGACCAGUUCUCUAUCAGACACAUCGAAUGUAAUGAAGAUUGUGCUAUUCAAGAGCGGAAUAGGAGACUCGCCCAAGCACUCGAUGUUAACCCUGAAUCUUCAGCCUUUUCUGCCAAUGUCACCUUUUCACCAUUUCUGCUAGCCGAGGCAAAGUUUAACUUCCCCUUUAUCAAAUCCAUUGAGGAAGUGUUUUAUGGAUUAAUCGAAAGUACCACCAAGGGAUCAUUAACGCAGAAGUCGCACGCGUUUAAUCCCAUGAACUCCCACCAGCGACGCAUCAUCCACGAGUUGGCGUCACAUUACAAUCUGUGCAGCCGCAGUUACGACCAGGAACCCAAACGAAACACAGUGGUUACAGCUACCAGGGACUCUCGGUUGCCUCCAGUCUUGCUGACUUCCCAAAUAACAAGCAAAUCGAAUCCCGCAGCGCCCGUGUUUGUCCCGUACCUUGGCUCCACGCCCGCAGAAAAACCCAGGGUCAUCAAAGAUUCAAAGCCAGAUGCGAAGAGCAAAACCUGGGUACAAGCCCCGGACUACUUUGCGGACGAUUUUGCCGAUUAGCCUUCACACCACCACACAUAUAUCUGUGAUUGUUUGGUUAUGUGAAAAUUAUAAAGAUAUUGCUGUUAUAUUUUGAUACUAUAUCUUUAAAACUCAAAAUGUACAAACAAAUUAAUUUUGGCAGUCCUCGAAUGUUUGGCCGUUAUAUUAUUAAGGCCGUCUUAUUUUUUCUUCGGUAACGUCGCGUAAGCUGUUAUGUCUCCUCUCUUUCUUUUCUUUGUUGUGAAAAGCCGGAUAAACCCAGAAAAUGGUGGAAAAUUCUGAACAGUAUUUUGUUUCUUGUAGGGCAUUGAACAGUCUAAGAAAUAAACUGUCUCUUGGUGUCAUAA